CCCUUUCUUUCUUCUUCCUCUUCUUCUCCUUCGCCUUCUCCUACUGCUUUCUCGUGAGCUGAGGGCGCUACAGAGGGCCUUUCCUACGCAGCGGCCAAGGCGAGACAAGACGGCGACAGAGAGAUCGACUAAAACCCUUGAUUCCUCUUAGGCCGCUGUCGCUGCUUCUACUGCCACAACUAUUUCCUUUGCCUUUCGGGCUGAGAAGCCUCGUCGACGAGGCAAGAAGAGAUACGAUCGAUGGCACAAGAGUGUGUGCAAGAAAAGGCGUCUCUUCUGCAGACGCAGCAGCAGCACCAGAAGACAGGUUCUACGGCUAAACUAAUCCGCAAAUUGAAAGCGGCUGCGAAGAAAAAAAGUGAGAUAACACGAAGAGCCUUCCUGAAACUUGGGAAUCAACUGGUUGACAGGUCCAUUCCCUUACAAAUGCUUCCUUCUAAGAUUCUGCCGAAGACACAGCUCUCCAAAUUGAGAAAGAAUUUAGUGGUUCCUGCUGAUGACAUUGUAACAAAUAAAGGAUAUGAGAAAGUUGUUCGGCAGAAAGAUCCUGUCGCCGUCAAGUCAUCUACUGAUUCCACUGUGGAUGAGGAAAUCUCUCACACCACCUCGGAUGUCUCUGGGCUUAGCAAUGAUACGGAGGAUCCGGAUCAUGUUAUUGAUGCAUUGGAUGGUGACAGCGAAUUGGCUAUUGUGGAAUAUGUGGAUGAUAUCUAUAACUUUUACAAACUUGGUGAGAAAUGUGGAAGACCUCGGAAAUAUAUGGACUUCCAGUUUGAGAUCAAGGAAGAGAUGAGAUCUACUUUGGCUGACAGGCUGAUCGACGAGUUCCACUGCUAUGAAUUAAUACCUGAGACUUUGUAUCUCACAUUUUAUAUAGUUGAUCAGUAUCUGUCAAGGGAGGAAGUGAUGGAGACUGACUUAAUGCUUGUGGGAGUGGGUGCUAUGCUCAUUGCAUCUAAAUAUGAAGAUCCAUUGCCUCUUGGGAUUGAAGACUGCAUUGACAUCACACAUGGUGCAUUUAGCAAGGAACAAAUAUUGUCCAAGGAGAAAGCAAUUCUAGAAACACUCGAAUGGAACAUUACUGUUCCGACGCAAUAUGUAUUUCUUGCGUAUUUCCUGAAGGCAGCCAUGUCUGACAAGGAGAUGGAGGACAUGGUCCUCUUCUUUUCCGAGUUAGGACUGAUGCCGUAUUCAUUGAUCACUUAUUUGCCAUCCUUGGUUGCUGCCUCUGCUGUCUAUGCAGCAAGGUGCACCCUUAAGAAGACCCCACGUUGGACAGAAAUGCUCGUGGAGUAUACAGGUUACUCAGAGCAACAGUUACUCGAAUGUGCACGCGAGCUGGUUAGCCUUCACUCGUCAGCAGCAGAGGGUAAGUUGAUGGCGGUUUACGAGACAUACUCAGACGCAGAAUUUGGAGCCGUUGCGUUGUAUCCUCCUGCCACGGAACUACUACAGUCGAAGAAGUCUGCUUCAUCAUGAGCUCCGAAGACAUGGAUCGAGGGGGCAUCCGAUAGUUGCUUUACGAUAACAAGAUGUAGAUCCUGCAUAACUUGUUGAAUUGUGGACAAAAUAAGAGGAGAAUGGCUUUGGACAAAUUCUUCUAUUAUUGUAUAAGUUGUUAGGUUCUCCCCAGUACUUUUUUUUUUUUUUUUGGUAUAUAUAUUCCUUGUUUUGUGUCAGUUUAUUUGUUACCCUAAAAUAGGACCAUCACAGUUGGGUUGGGUUGGGGUGGGGGGGGGUGCGCGGAUGCGGGUGCGCGCGAAUAAAGAGCAUUGUUAGCAUUGUAAAUCUUAACUAUAAAUCUUUGCCAUGUUUGAUAGCAUUCUGAUGCUACCUACUUACUAAACUGGAAGAAUUUGUGCAGGAGAGGUUACUUUAGUUGAUAA